CUGUAUUGGGAAAAUCCAAAAAUCGUUCCUCGACUGCAAGUCUGUAAUAGACACAGGAACGAAUUCACCGGAAGUCAUAUUGAUUUAGACUGUGUACAGUGUGAUAUGACACGAAUAGAAUAAAUGUCUUAGGAAAUGGAAAUGAAAUGAAAUGAAAGAAAAUUAAAAUAAUUGGAAUCAAUCAAGAGAUUGUUUUAUCAUACGGAAUUUAACCAAAUGCGCAAUACAUUUAUUCAGUGAAUAGGAUAAAUAUUUAUCCGUUGUUAAAAUACCAAUAGAACGAAAAUGUACAGUAUAAUUGGACUGGACAGGCUAGCAUGAUUUCUGACGAUGCUGUCGGGGCGUGAAGUGCAACUGGACAAUACAGACAGGUUGCUGCGGACAAAUUACAGACGUUACAGCCCGAAUGUCCACUGGAUCAUGAACUAUGUGAUAUUCAACAAACAACAUUCUAUUAAGACUGUUUUCGAUUUAUAAUUCAUGAUUUUGUAUUGAGAUUUUUAUCCUUGGUGACAGGAUUUAAAGCUUUUUAUACAUUCGACACGUACAUUAACAGGCGCCAUGAUGACUCUGCUACUGAAGUUGUGUACUAUAUAUGUCCUGUGUAUAGUAGGAGUGACUCCUGACCGACGUGAUCCUAUGAAAAUAGGUGUCAUAUUGGACGAUAAAGGCGAAAGGCAGCGCAUUCUGGCAUUUGCCUGGAGCUAUUUCAAGGGUCAAUUUGGCAGUCCUAAUGUAAAAUACACACCAGCGGAUGUGAUAGAUAUCAGCAAUAACAUCAAGCUUAUUUCAAAAUUAUGUGACAAAAUGACGGAAGGAUCUGUUAUGAUGAUAGUGGAUUACCACCCCACAACCUAUGGUAGUGUACAGUCUUACGCCCACUACCUGAACUUACCCACCCUGGUUCCCGGCGGUACCGGAAGCAGUGCCUACGACCCGUAUAAGUACGAUAUCAGUCUACUUCCGCCCACAAUUGACGCCAUUGUUGCUGUUGUCAAACAUUUUCAGUGGAAUACCUUUGUAUACUACAUUUUUGAUACUAAUGACGGUCUUUUAAGGCUUCAGAGUCUUUACCAGUCGUUUGUAUCAGGAGAUUACUACAGUCCUGUGAUCCGGGCUCGGAGGAUCAGCAACGUCUCACAUUGUUAUGAUAUACUCAGGAAAAUAGACAGGAGUCCUCCGCCGAAAAGAAUAAUACUCGACCUUUCUACAAAAGAAGCGUACGAAAGUGUUCUCCACCAGAUUGUAGAUGUUGGAAUGAAUAGAGACGGAUAUCACUAUAUACUUGGAGGAUUGGGUAUAAAUGAAUUAGACCUGAGCACAUUUGUUUACGGCGGCGUUAACAUUACAGGAUUUAGUAUAGUUGACAAUGUAUCCCAGGAGAACCAUAAUAUUCUGACGCAAGCUGACCAGUUUGACGUACAUACAGUUGGAGAAAUAACGGUAGCUGAUGCUAUGGUAAUAGACACUGUGCACGUGCUUCUUGCUGCAGUCGACAAAUUAAAUAAGGAUAUAGACAGCAAUAGAGAGGACAUAUACACGUCGAGAAGUAAAAGCAGACAAAGAUAUUCAAGGUAUGGCGGUACAAAUCAAACGUUUAGAAGUUAUAACUGCAGUGGAGAUAAACUACAGCAAAGUUUUGACGGUGCAAUGGUUCUUAAGGCACUGAAAAAUGUAACGAUCUAUGGUUUGACAGGCCAUAUAGAAUUUGACGGUAAUGGUGUACGGCAGAAUUACAUUUUCAGGGUUUUUCAGUUGGAGCACAAGAAACCACUUCGAGAGGUUGGAUUUUGGACUCCCAAAGGAGGAUUUAAUACAACACUACCGAAACUUGAAGUAUUUAAAGCGCCCACUGGUGACACAAACCGGACGCUGCGUGUCGUUACAAUAAAGGAAGAGCCCUUUGUUCAGUUCAAAAAGGGAACAGACAUGUCUGGAGCACCACUAGUAAACGGAAGGUACUUGGAGGGUUACUGCAUUGAUCUAGCGGAAGAGCUACAGAAAACGUCUUCCCGCUAUUAUGACUAUUAUAUUGAUCUGGUUGGGGACGACAAUUAUGGUGCAAGAGAGGAAGAUUUGGGAUGUUGGAAUGGGAUGAUUGGAGAACUUUUAAGCACUCACGGGUGUCCUAACGGAACGAGAAAGAAAGCGGAUAUUGCCAUUGCGCCACUUACUAUAAAUGAAGAGAGACAACGCGCUGUAGACUUCACAAAACCUUUUAUGAAGACGGGUAUCAGCAUUAUGAUCAAGAAACCGGACAAGGAAAAACCGGGCGUUUUCUCUUUUAUGUAUCCACUUUCAAACCAAGUAUGGCUGUGUGUCAUGGUAGCGUUCGUUGCCGUCAGCUUGGUGCUAUUUUUCGUCGGAAGAUGGAGUCCGUACGAGUGGUCGGACUUGGAUCCUAAAGGAGGAUCACCUAUUAACAAUUUUAAUUUGUUGAAUACAUUUUGGUUUUCUCUUGGUGCUUUAAUGCAGCAGGGCUCUGAUACUUUCCCCAGAUCCUAUUCAGGAAGGAUAGUUGGGAGUGCUUGGUGGUUCUUCACGCUUAUACUUAUAUCGUCCUACACUGCAAAUUUGGCUGCUUUUCUCACUAUAGAACGUCUUACACCGCCAAUUAGUGGAGCUGAUGACCUGGUCAAAAAAGGCAGUGAUAUCGCCUUUGGUACAUUAAAAAGUGGAUCUAGCAGAGCCUUCUUUGAGGAUUCGAAAGUGAGCACUUAUCUGAAGAUGUGGCAAUACAUGGAGGCUAACUUUGAAACAGUAAUGGUUAGUGAUACUUCAAAAGGUGUCGAGAAAGUGAGAAAUAGCAAAGGAAAAUACGCAUUCUUGCUGGAAUCUGCUUACAACGUUUAUCAUAACCAAAGAAAACCGUGUAACACAAUGAAGGUGGGACAAAAUUUAGACAGCAAAGGUUACGGUGUAGCUACACCGGUGAAUUUUUAUUUAAACAAUCAACUUAAUCUAGCAGUCCUUAAGCUACUGGAGACAGGUCAGCUAAUGAAGCUGGAACAGAAAUGGUGGUACUCUAAGGGAAUGUGCGGGACGAAUAAAAAGGACGCCACAACAAGUGCGCUAACGCUAAGUAAUGUGUCUGGAAUAUUUCACAUUCUUGUCGGCGGUCUUCUGCUGUCUAUGAUAGUUGCCUUAUGUGAAUAUGUCAUACAUCAACGAAUAAGAAAGCUUCGUGAAAGGGGUAAAAUGAAAAAGAUGAAACCUCAGACAGUACGAAUAGUAAAGAAAGAACCAUUAGAAGCAUUAAAGGAAGCUGGCUACAGUGAGAGGGAAAAUUCCGUAGUAUGUCAUGAAUUCUGUUAUUGUAUAAGUAAAGAGCCUAUUAUUGCAUAUUCCUGCCAACAACAUAUUUACAUGUUUACUUCGGAAUUUUCACGACUUUAAUUCUUGUAUUUAAUAAGCGGAAAGUUUUGUGUUAGAAAAAUUGUCGACACAAAUAAAUAUAGGAUAUAUCAUGAGUGUCUUUUCAUAUUGAAUUUAUUAAACGAGAUGAAUAAAAUGCGAGGCUCUGUCGAGCAUUUUAUCAAUUUUAUUCAACGAGUUUAAUAAAUUCAAUUUGCAAAGACAUCAAUGUAAUAUUCGUUUUGUCACAUGUAAAACGGAUAUAUCGAUACUUGUCACAUAAUAGUUUGUUGGUGAAUUUUUAGAAAAUGGAUUGCAGCAGCUAAAGCUGUACUUUUCUUCGUUAGAGUUUUGAAUUUGUAUUAUAUAUCAUACCAGUCAUCUAUAAAAACAAUAUGUUUUGACUUCAAUCAAAAAUUAAAAGGACAAACUUUAUGUUAGAUUUCCCUGACAGAAGCGUUCACCACAUCAAAGUAUAACUGUGUGCAACGGAAUUUAGAGCACGGCUAACAGUAGCGAUACUAGAAAUUAGAAAACACAAAACUUCAAAGGAAAAUGCCGCAGUCAUGCAGUUUUUCUUGUUUUACAUAACUAGACAUACGCAAUCAAUGUAAAUAUAUCAUCAUCAUUUUUUUUUUCAGAUAAUUGGAUGCUCCUAGAGUCGUGCAAUAUUACCGCUGCAGAACUCGUGCAUAUAUCCACAUACGAAGCUAAUAACCUAUGAUUAUUGUUUCAACUUGUUGGAUAUACGUCAUCAAUAUAAGAUACUAUCUUCUUGUUUCAGCUAGCUAUACUAUCAUCUUGUUGUUUAAACUAUCCGGAUAUACGUUAUUUAUGUAUUGUAUCAUCUUCUUUUCGUCUGGUAUACGUCAUCAAUUUAUAUGUUGUCACCUUCUUGUUUCAGCUAAACCGAUAUUUGUCUCAAAGAAUGCUACCAUCUUCUUGUUUCAACUAACCUGGUAUACGUCAUCAAAAUAUGCUUUUCGGUUACACCUAACCGGAAAGCGUCAUCAAUGUAUAUUAUCAUGUUACAGCGAACCGGAUAUGCGUCAUCAAUGUAUGCUAUCAUCCUCUACCAGCUAACCGGAUAUACGUAAUGAAUUUAAAAUAUACGUUAUUUAUGUU